ACCGGGCGGGCAGGGGAGGGUCCCGGGACCGGCCGAAGGGAGCUCCACCUCCCAGGGUUUAAAGCCCUGCGCUCGGCGGCUGCGGCGCUACGCGAUGAGGCAGGGGAGCUCCAGCGGCCGGGCGUUGGGUUCCGCGGGCUGCGGGCGGUCGGGGGCCCCCGGACAGCGGCUCCGGUGAGCCGGGGAGCGCGGAGCAGCAGCGGGGCCGGCGCCGAGAAGAUGACUCUGAACACGCAGCAAGGGGGCAAGGGCCCUGUGUGCAGACGGGCCAGCACCCCGGUCCCCCUCUCCCACCAGGCCAGGCCAGGGAUGCGUGAGCUGAGGCCUAACCCCAGUGAGUCCCAUCACCCUCCGCUUGGCUACUCCUCAUCCUUCGAGCCUGGAGACAAAGCUCCCGUCAUGCCGCGCAGCAGCUGGUCAUCGGACUCGGCCGACUCCGACAGCUCCUGGGAAUCCUUGUAUCGGGUGGUGCUGCUGGGCGACCCUGGUGUGGGCAAGACCAGCUUGGUGAACCUCUUUGCCGGGAUCCAAGAGCGGGACCUGCCGGAACAGCCAGGAGAGGACGCCUACGAACGCACCCUGUCGGUGGAUGGGGAGGAGACCACGCUGCUGGUGAUGGACACCUGGGAAACAGAGAGGCGGCCCCAGGAGGAGGAGAACCGGUUCCGCAAUCACUGCAUGCAGGUGGGGAAUGCCUAUGUCAUUGUCUACUCCGUCACCGACAGGGUGAGUUUCGAGAGCGCCUCUGAGCUGAGAAUCCAGCUGCGCCGGACCCGGCAAGCAGAGAACAUCCCCAUCAUCCUCGUGGGGAACAAGACGGACCUGGUGCGGUGCCGAGAGGUCUCGGUGGAAGAGGGCCGGGCCUGCGCCGUGGUCUUCGAUUGCAAGUUCAUCGAGACGUCUGCCACCCUCCAGCACAACGUGACGGAGCUCUUUGAGGGGGUGGUGCGCCAGAUCCGCCUGCGCCGGGACAGCAAGGAGGCCAACGAGAGGCGCAAGUCCAUCUACAAGCGCAAAGAGAGCCUCACCAAGAAGGCCCGGCGCUUCCUGGACAGACUGGUCGCCAGGAACAACAAGAAGGUGGCUCUGAAAGUUCGCUCCAAGUCUUGCCAUGACCUGUCCGUGCUCUGAGACCUGUCACAAAACAGGACACUUCCUUCUCAUGCGUAAAGGGAUGGCCUCUUGUACCUCCCAAGUGGCUUUCUGCCAUGUACAUAGGGGUUUGUAAACUUUCUUCUCGGUUGGUGGCAUGUGGACAGGACCUUUCAGGGGAGAGACGAGACCCGUCUGGAGCAAUAAUCCGGGAGACGGCGCCAACUUCCUAACCAGAGCCUCAGAACCAAAGUGACACCAGCAACCCGUGGGGAAGGACUCCUUGCAUGGACUGAAUGUCCUAAUCCCCAAUAGCGCCUCCUGCCAGCCCUGCCACUUGCCUGGAGCCCUGCAAGAGGAGGCGGGCAGGGAGAAGCUAGGGCAGGUCUCCAGGGUGCCAGGAGGCACCAGGAGGUGUUCUAGUGUUUGCCCAUGGAAGGGGGAGGGGGGGAGGAAGCUGCCCCGGAGGGGCGGGGACUGUGGGAGAGAAGGUGGGGUGUUCCCUGGUGCCUAGAGAUAAUGCAAGUCUGACUUUGCCAGCGCCAGGGAUGGGUUUGAGCAGGACACUCAGAUCAUGGAGCAGGGGCAGUACGGCCACCGGCUCUGCUGGAGUCCACAAAGCCAUCACCAAGGUUGGAAGAUGCCUCUGAAUGCUGCUGGGAGCCAGACGUGUAGCUGGCCCGUGACACCGUGCGCACAGGCACUCUAGAAAUCCCUUAGACAGGAAGGCCCUGAGCUGGGGUGCAACGGUAUGUCAGGGUGGGGGCUGGCGGCGUUUUGCUGCCACCUCUGGGCACAUUAACGUCAGUGGGGACAGGGGAGAAGAAGGCAAUGGAGAAGCAUCUUCCUUGGGUAGGAGUCUGGGGAAGCCAGACCCCGCCUGUCUCCUGGCCUGGGGUUGGGGACUGUGCCGGGGGCCGGGCGGUGGGCAUGGUGGGGUUUUUGUAUCACAUCUCUCUUUUGUACAGUGUUUUUGGAUGGAGGUUUUUCUGUUGUCUCUGUAUGACCGCGGUGACGACCCGCCGAGACUGGCAGAAUAAACCAAAUCUG